GGAUAUGAAAUCUCAGAAUAAAAAAGCAGGACCUUUACGUAAAGGUAUACUGUAAUGUAAUUACAUUAUAGCAAAUCCUAGAUUUCUGAGUUCGGGUUUUGGAAAUCCUCUUGGAAAAAAACACGUCAGUUAUGUUGGAAAAUAAAGAUAAUGAAAGUAGCCUAAUAAAAUGGAACAAUCGGUAAUAAUAUGAGAAAAUACCAUGUGGUAAUGCUACAAUUAAACGGCAAUAUAAUUAGCUUCAUUUUUAAUACAGUUAAGCAGUUUAGUUAAAAGUGACAUGGAGAUUAAUAGCAACAAGAAUUCAGUUUUAAAUGAAGUUGUUGGACAAAAUAAUGCUCAAGAAAAUGUCUUAAAAAAGUCUUACCAACUACGAAGUAAAGAGUAUCCAAAAAGAGGUAAAGAAACAAACCACAAAAAGAUUCCUGAAAAUGUCAAAAGUACAAAUACAAAAGAAGCAAAGAUUAAAAUAAGAGACAAAACAAAAAACUGUAAAGAAGUAGUUCAUGCUAAUGAUAAAGACAAAGAAGAAGAGCAUUUAUCUGAAUUUGAAAAUCAUGUUGAAAAGACUUUAAUUCUUACUCCUCCAGAAGGCAUGGAAAUUAAAAAAAGUCUUAUACCAAAUGCUGGUCUUGGAGUAUUUGCUACUCAAAAAUUUGAUGUUGAUAUAAUAUUUGGACCAUAUCAAGGAAUUAAAGUUCCUUUAGAUGUUCCAAAAGACGAUAUUGAUACAAGCUACAUGUGGCGUGUAAUGAAAGACGGAGUUGACGUGUAUUACAUAGAUGGGAAAGAUGAACGGUAUGCUAAUUGGAUGAGAUAUAUAAAUUGUUCACGAUAUGAGGCAGAGCAAAAUCUUGAAGCUUUUCAUUGUCAAGGUGAAAUUUAUUAUCGAAUUUAUAAACAGGUUGAAAAAGGAAAGGAGUUUCUUGUUUGGUAUGGAGAUGAGUAUGCAAAAGACUUAGGAAUAGAAGGGAGUUAUCCGUGCAGGAAAUGCUCAGAAUGUUUUACUUCUGAAGAAUUUUUAAAAUCGCACAUCAAACGUUGUAAAACCAGAGGUAGAAAUAACAUAAUUCAAGCAUUAUCAAUGGUUCAUCCAAACGAGUUUACAGUUGAUUUAACAUCUUGCUCAAAUGUUAAUGGCAACAACACUUCUGUUGGUUUUGAGAAUUAUUCCGAGUGCAAUGAAAAUUUAAUGUUCACUCCAAAAACUAGUUUGACGGACCAAUUGCAAACUGAAAGUAAUAAUAAAACUUUAAAAUGUAGUUACUGCGAGUUUGAAUGUUUUAUGGUAUCCGAACUCACGAAACAUAUAGGUAUUCACCUUGUUAAUAACCUGAACAAGUGCCCCUUCUGUGAUUACAAAUGUAUGCGUCCAUAUAUAAUGGAAAAGCAUAUGCAAGUUCAUUGCUACAAAAAAACAUUUAAAUGUACAUUCUGUCUUUAUAAAUCCACAACAAUGGAAAGAUUAGAAAGACAUUUAAGAGUACACUUGAAUUGUAGAGAAGCUGGACAAUUACAAACACAAAAUUGUGAAAAACCAUUUAAAUGUAAAUACUGCAACUUUGAAAGCGCCUAUGAAAUGGAUUUGAAAAGACACUCAAGAUAUCACUAUCUUGUAAAACUACUCAAGUGCACUUAUUGUGAUUAUAUAUGUAAAGCUGCAAAUAAUUUCCGAUUGCAUAUGCGAACUCAUACUGGUGAAAAGCCGUUUAAAUGUUCUUACUGUGAAUAUAAAUGCGCACAAAAAUCAAAUUUAACGGUUCACUUAAGAAUACAUAGCAAUGAGAAACCAUUUAAAUGUACCUAUUGCAACUAUGAGUGCAAACAGAAAUUUAAUUUAACACUUCAUACAAGAACUCACACUAAAGUCAAACCAUACAAAUGUCCUUAUUGCGAUUAUAAAUGUUCGUCGAAGUUGGCUAUCACAACGCACAAAAGAAAACACACUUUAGAAAAACCGUUUCAUUGCACUAUUUGUGAUUAUAAAUGUUCAAUAAAAGGUUAUUUAAAGAUUCACGAACGAACUCACGCAAACGACAAACCAUUUAAAUGUACAGUUUGCAAUUAUAGUAGUAACGUCAAAUCUAAUUUAAAGAAACACUCUAAGUUACACAUGCAAUAAACGUUUUCAGAAGUGCUUUUAAAACAAUUUAGUUUACAAAUGAAAAAUCUAUUA